CCCUGCCCUGAAGGUUGAGCUCAAGGACACACCCAGGCAAGUUGCUGAAGUUUUUCCUUUGCUCUGCCUGCUGACCUCUGCUCUCUCCUCAUUACUCCCUAAAAAUGGAGCGAUCCACACGAGAAAUUUGCCUCAACUUCAUGAUUGUCCUGAUUACUGUAAUCCUCAUGUGGCUCCUUGUGAAGUCUUACCAGGACUGAAAGACAAUCAAAAACUUUGGGAGAUGAUUUAAGUGUGUGUCUCCAGAGAAAAGUAACAGCCACAGCAUGCUGCGGUGAUUAGCUUUCAGCCAAUUGAGGAUGUCGUGAACCUU